GCCGGCUGCUCGAUGCGCUCUGCGCUCGCCGCCAUUUUGGACGCUGGCGUGAUGGGGGGGUGGCGGCAGCGCCGGCUGGAGAGGGAAAGGCGGACUGGCGGGGCUGCUGCGUCUUCCUCCUCCCGGCCAUGAAGAACGCGCCGCUUUGGACUCAGUUUCCAAACAUAUAAAGAAAAGACUUCAUUGUCACCGAAUGCAGCAAAUUAAGAAUCAUGGAUCUAAAAUUCAAUUCCUCUCGGAAGCAUGUAUCUAUCAGUGUACCUUCCAAAUCCCAAGUGAUGUCACCACAUAUCAAAUCAGUAGAUGAUGUAAUAGUCCUUGGCAUUAAUCUCAGCAAAUUUAACAAGCCUACUCAGUUUUUCAUUUGUGUUUCUGGAGUUUUUCUGUUUUAUCUUAUUUAUGGGUAUUUACAGGAACUGAUAUUUUCAUUAGACGGUUUUAAGCCCUUUGGCUGGUACCUAACGCUAGUGCAAUUUGGGUUUUAUUCUAUUUUUGGACUAAUAGAGCUGCAGCUUGUUCAGGACAAAAGAAGACGGAUCCCAGGCAAAACCUACAUGAUAAUAGCUUUUCUAACAGUGGGGACAAUGGGUUUAUCAAAUACCUCCUUAGGAUAUCUGAAUUAUCCUACACAAGUAAUCUUCAAGUGCUGUAAACUGAUCCCAGUUAUGAUAGGAGGAGUCUUUAUACAAGGAAAACGUUAUAAUAUUGCCGAUGUUUCUGCUGCAAUAUGUAUGAGCUUGGGCUUGAUAUGGUUUACUCUAGCUGAUAGCACAGUUGCACCAAAUUUCAACUUGACAGGUGUGAUCCUCAUAUCCCUUGCCCUUUGUGCAGAUGCAGUGAUAGGAAAUGUACAGGAGAAAGCUAUGAAGUUGCACAAUGGAUCAAACUCUGAAAUGGUUUUGUAUUCCUAUUCAAUAGGUUUCCUGUACAUUCUGUUGGGACUGACUUGCAUUAAUGGUUUAACUCCUGCAGUAGCAUUUUGUUCAAAGCAUCCUGUUCAGACAUAUGGCUAUGCAUUCUUGUUUUCCUUGACUGGGUAUUUUGGAAUCUCCUUUGUUCUGGCUUUGAUUAAAAUCUUUGGGGCUCUUUUGGCUGUAACAGUAACAACAGGAAGAAAAGCAAUGACAAUUGUACUGUCUUUUUUGUUUUUUACAAAGCCAUUCACAUUCCAGUAUGUGUGGUCAGGCUUAUUAGUCGUCUUGGGUAUAUUUCUCAAUGUUUACAGCAAGAAUAUGGAUAAAAUCAGACUGCCAUCAUUACGCAGCCUCUGGAAUAAACCUGCUGAAGAGAGAAAGACAAGGACGUUGUCCCAAACUGUUUAGAACAGUGGCUUGGGCCAUGCAUUGCACAUUAAUUUCUGUUAUUACAUUGCCAUAAUCUGACGGAUUCAUUUUCCAAUGGGAAUGAUUCUAAAACCAAAGGAGUUGAAGGCCUUCUGUCUGCUGAUGGCUAGAAGUGUGCACAUGUACAAUAGCUGUCUCUCUGGAGCACUUGGACAUCUUCCCAUCCUGGGUGAACACCAUUUGACUGUGAAGGACAGCCACUCUUGGUGAUUAUCUACAUCCUCACUCCCAUUUAGGUGCAGGGGAAGGGCGUAUGUGUGAUUUACUUGGGCAUUUUAAUCAUAUCAAAGAUACUGCUGCUGAAAUCAGUGGGUCUUUAUGUUUUGUUGUUGGCUUGGUUUAUUUUAAUGGAAUGUAUUUUAUGUUUAAUGGAAGUUGAUGAGAACCUGAUUGACUAAACUGAAAGUUUAAACCUGAAGGGUUUAGAUUAUCUUACCAUCACUUUUCUUUUACAAUAAUUUUUUUUAGAAGUCUAUGCAGGGUUUCUUAAAGGUUUUGUUCAAGUUGUUUUAACUUGAAAGGAUAUAAUGAAAAUCUUACAUUAAAGAGCAAGACUUUGAGACAAGUGCAGGGGGAGCAUCCUUCAGUGUACAUAUUUUUCUGUCUUUUAUCUUGUCAAGUCUGGAGGAAUUAUCUUUGACACUAACUUGGCAACAAGUAUCCAGAAGAACUUGAUUUACCACACAACUCAUUCCUUUGCUUACAGAAAUAGAUUCUUGCUGCAUCUCUGUAUUGUAAUGAAACAAGAUGCAAGCGAAGGGCUGAAUUGGAUUGCUUUGUUGAGAAUUAACUCCUGGGCUGGAGCUGUCCAUACUAUACACUUAAAAAAAAAACGCCAACAUUCUGUGCCAGGAAAAGUCAAAUUUUGUAUAAAUUGUGAGGCUAAUAGGAGCUUCAACCAUGAGGGAAUUUCUAUCUGGAGAAUGAUGCGGGGGAAGGUUUUUUUUUUAAUUAAAAACUGCAAUGGCCAUAAAUCAAACUCCCCCUUCCAGUGGCUGUUUUUUUUAAAAAAAAAAUCAAAGGAAAUAUUGGAUGAUAUGAUCACAGAUUUCACCCUCAGCUGUGUGAGUAAAUGCUUGGCGAUAUCCAGGAUUAUCUUUCCAAUAUUAUUGGUUGGACAUUCCUUUACCUUCUUGAAUGUGGAGAUUAACAGGACGCUGGAUGCUGUUCACAGUACUAGUUUUUGACCUUGUAUGUUCCAAUUUAUGAAUACAUAUGCUUCUUACAUUAGCAUAGAUUUUCAUGACUGAUUACAGGUAAUUAGUUUGUACCAAAAAUAUAAAAUGGGUAAAGUGAUGACAUCACUAAAUUUUCUUCAUGGUUCUAAAAUUAUCAACUCAAUCACUUCUGCCUAAAUGUCCCCUCCUGAGAACAAAUGCGAUCGCUCAGUAUAGUAUUGGGUUCUUGUUAACAAUGUUUCAGUCAAAAAUCUAAAGUUCUUUUCUCCUUUCCCACCUUUAAAGAAAAGUCUUUUUUUUUUAAAUGUCCUUUCAGGUUUGAAGGCAGCAAACUCUCCAUGACCUCUAACACCACUAUACCCUGGACAUUUUUUUGGCUGGGAGGGGUUAAGCUGAAAAGUUUUCAUAUAUAUAAGCAAGUAGAUUCAUUUUCCCAUUCACAAGAUUCCUGGCUAGAGAAAUGUGUUGAGAAAUUUAGUAUGUGUAGCAAGCAGCACUACGCAGAUCCGCUAUUGCAAAGUCCAUGGUUGUUGUGACAAGUCCACAAUUUUAAUUUAACCAAGCAGGCACCCCUUCAUCAUGCAUGAGUAGAGUUCAAGCUGAGGAACCCUUCCUUUCAACAGAGCCAGCGGGGUGACCUUGGGUCAGUCACAGCUCUUCCUGAGCUCUCUCAGCACCACCCACCUCACAGGGAGAUUAUCGUGAGGAUAAUAAUAACACACUUUGUAAACCUCUCUGAGUGAGCAUCAAGUUGUCCUGGAGGGUGGUAUAUAAAUCAACUAUUAUUAUGUUAUUAAUUUCUAAGUGCUGCUGCUCAGAAGAAAGGCUGAAAACUACGAUCUGCAUCAUGCUCGCAUAGAAAGAAAAGUCCUAUCCCCACAAAGCCUGGUAAUAUCAGGCUGCUGGCACCCACAGUGAAGGAGAGGAAUAUUUUUAGUGAAUUGCCCCUCUUCUGUUGCAUCAGGCAGAAGUUGGUUCCCAGUUCUCUGUUUUCAGUUCCUGGUUUUUACUACAGGUGCUCAUUAUAUUUACACAGCUCUACAGUCCAAAUAAGUUGCAGCCUUCUAUUUGAACACAGCACUGCAAAAAUACCACACCUCAAAAUAAGCUUUGGACCACCCCUGCUCAUACAUCCCUGGAAUCACAGUGGUGCCCUGUAAGAUGCCAUAGAGUAGUGCAUGGUUUCUGUGCAAAGUGUGUGUGUGUUAUGUGCCAUCAAGUCGUCUCCGACCUAUGGCGACCCUAUGAAUGAAAGACCUCCAAAACGUCCUAUCACAUCUGUGCAAAGUGUUCUUGCCUAUAUCACUGGCAAUGGUUUAUUUAAAUGGCCUCAAAAUGGACAAAGAGACCAUUUUUCACAAAGAUGGCCAGGGAAACUAAUAACAGACCUUUUUGUAAUUCAGGUAAGUUUCUAUAGUAUUGAAAGAAACAUGCUAAUUAAUGUUUCUAUAGAAGUCUUGGUAUUUUGAGGCCUCUUCAGGAAUUACUAGUCUUCAAAAGACUUGUAAUAUAUGAAUUAUUGUGAUUUUUAAAUGAUUAAUUUUAUAAAUAACUAGCUUGAUACACGUGCUUCACUAUGAUAUUUAACUACUUUAAAUCCAGUUACAAUACUUACGAGUAUGUAACAUUUUUUGGUUUGUGUGUUUUGGGGGGUUUUUUGGUUUGAGUUAGCAACCCUAGUGAAUUUUUAGGGGAAGACUGGGAGGUGCAUUUUAGCUCAGGACACAUUCAAUGACUCCCAAUAGCAACUGCAUACUGUUUAGAAUGUGGGAGUUGAGGAGGACCAAUCUGGCUGUAUUCGCAAAUGACCUCUGUGUUCCAACUGUCUCUGGAGGGGAGAGGGAUGAGGUGUGGAAUGUUGUGAGCCCCGAUCAGCCCGUAUAUGCAAAUGACCGUGAAAGGCUGGCCCAAUCAGGGAAGAGUGGCCGAGCUGGCAGUGGGUGGGGGUGUGAUCAGGCAGCAGCCUGCCAGCCACACAGGAAAGCUGUGUGUUUUCCCUUUGGGGAUAUACAUUUUACCCCUUUUGGUGUAUGGGAAGGAGUGAUGGAAACAGGAAAAAGGUAGACAUAUUGGGGGCUGCCAAGAGAAGGAAAAAAAGACACAAUGUGGGGAAGAUGAUACAAGAGGAAAUGAAGUGACCCCCCCCUCCAAGUCCUUGCAAGUUUUCCUUUGUGCAACUGGGAGCAGCAGCUGGCAACAUGCAACUGGGCUUGCCUAGGCGCUGGCACUGCACAACAUAGUCAAAGUUUUCCCAAGUAGGGGCUGCCAAGGGGAGGGAAGUCGCCGCCUUUGACUUCUAACUGCUGAGUUUGACUGAAUCUAUGAUACACAUUGUAUAAAUGUAUAGGUGCUUAAAUAUAUCCGCCCCUGAGGAGGUAACAUACGAAACAUCAGCUCACAUUGCUGGCCCUGAAUGUCGAGCGGCAGGGUUCAUCUAUCUGGACGUCCCGCAGUUUGGCACCAUCUGCACCUGUAAUUAAACAAGAAAGUAGUUCAUUGCUCAGCAAGCCUGCACGGUUUUCUAUGGAGCAUUCAUUAAUUGGACUUACCCAGGCUUUUUUUCUGGGAAAAGAGGUGGUGGAACUCAG